AUGCCCGGGAAGAAGAACGCGGAGCCGGCGCCCGCCGCCGUCCCGCCCCAGCCCGCGCCGAUGCCGCCUGUGAAGGUGUUCAGGUUGAACGAUGGCGGCGGGUGGGACGACUACGGCGCCGGCCGUGUCACCAUCGACCACCUCGAGGGAUCGACAUCGGAGAAGGAGAUCGUUCUGGCUGUCAUAGACGUGGAGAACAAGGAGACGAUGCUUUUGCAUCUCAUCACCCCGGAUGACAUUUACAGGAGGCGCCAAGGGACGUUCAUCUCGUGGUUCGAUCCCGAGACCGGCUUGUCCAUCUCCUUGAGCUUCCUAGACGCGGCGGCAUGCUCCGAUGUGUGGGACACGAUCUGCCAAGUGCAGAGAAAACUGAGGCCUGAUGGUUGGUAG